AAAAAAAAAGAUAAAAAGAAUGGCAAAUAUGGUUAUUUUGGGUGAAUUAUAGGGGCCUCAUUGGCGGUGGGCAUGCAUAUAAGGCAUCUCACACUACCUUCAACUUCCUACUUCACUCCAUUCAUUCCUUCACUUCACACUUCACACUUCACCCCAAGACAAAUUUCCAGUUCUCCAUUUUCAUAACUCUCUCACUUUUUUAAAUUUUCUUAUUCAUACAAGUUAAGUUAUAUUAAUUGUUUGUUUCUCCUGAAACUAAAGUGUCAAAAUGAGGAUGGCUAAUCUCAUUCUCUUGUCGGUGCUUCUAUUUCUUGCCAUUUGCCCCUCUAUCUCUGCCUUCACUGAUGGUUUAUUACCGAAUGGUGACUUUGAGAAAGCGCCAAGGCCAUCAGACUUGAAGGGAACAGAGCUGAUUAAUAGGCAUGGGUUACCAAAUUGGGAAGUAUCCGGCUUUGUAGAGUACAUUGAAUCCGGCCAUAAGCAAGGGGACAUGUUGCUAGUAGUCCCUGAAGGAGCUUAUGCAGUAAGGCUAGGAAACGAGGCCUCAAUCAAGCAAAGUGUGCCUGUAACAAAGGGCUUAAACUAUGCCAUUACAUUUUGUGCUGCAAGAACUUGUGCGCAAGAAGAAAAGCUCAAUAUAUCAGUAACCCCUGAAUGGGGCGUUCUUCCUAUGCAAACUUUGUAUAGUAGCAGUGGAUGGGAUUGCUAUGCUUGGGGAUUUGUCGCUCUUUCUAACGUCGCUGAAAUUUUGAUUCAUAAUCCGGGUGUGGAAGAAGAUCCUGCUUGUGGACCUCUUAUUGAUGCUAUCGCUAUGCGACUUCUCUACCCACCUAAACGGACUAAUGUGAACUUGUUAAAGAACGGGAACUUUGAAGAAGGUCCUUUCAUCUUCCGCAACACCUCAUGGGGAACACUAAUCCCACCAAACAUUGAAGAUUCCCACUCUCCACUCCCUGGUUGGAUGGUUGAAUCACUGAAAGCAGUUAAAUUCAUCGACGCCGGUCACUUCUUCGUUCCGUCUGGUAGACGUGCAAUUGAGCUGUUGGCAGGAAAAGAAAGCGCCAUUGCUCAAGUUGUCCGGACCAUUCCCGGAAAACUUUAUGCCUUGACAUUUGCCGUGGGAGAUGCCAACAACGCGUGUACUGGCUCCAUGGUGGUCGAGGCCUUUGCAGGUAAAGACACCGUAAAAGUCCCCUAUGAGUCUAAAGGAAAAGGCGGUUACAAACGAGCUGUCCUUCGAUUCGUGGCUGCCCAAACCCGAACCCGGAUUAUGUUUUAUAGCACCUUCUAUUCUAUGAGGAGUGAUGAUUACGCUUCCCUUUGUGGCCCGGUGAUUGAUGAUGUUCGACUCGUUAGUGUUCGUAGGCCUUGAUUGUGGAAGACUUAACUAGAGGCCAAUUCAAGGAAAACCAAAGUUUUUACUAUACUUUCUAAGAUGUGAAGGAUUGUUAAUUUGAUUGGAAAAGGUGGUGAAGUUUAGGGUUUUUUUUUUUUUUUUUUUGCUUUUUAUGCUGAGGUAAUUAUAUGUGUAAUGCAAAGCAAUGUGUUUUUGUGUUGCAGAAAAGCAUUUAGCAGAGAUUAUCUCUAUGCUUAAGUUUAUAUAUAGGUAAUUAAGGAUUUCAAAAAUAAAGAGAUGGUAAGUAUAGUAAAUGUAAAAUAUAUACCGUUAUGCUGAGGUAAUUAAUGGUUAAUAUGUCUAUGUUGUAUUGCUAAUUUUAUUAAUGAAAAGCGUAUGUAUUUGAUGAUGA